UUAGCUCUCUUUUCCAAACAAACAAAUUUUCAAAAAAUAAUUUAUCAAUUAACCACACAAAUAAAAUCUUUUUUCUUUUCUCGGUUCAGCACAAACUCCGUCAAGACAAUUAACGGCCGGUUAAUAUGAUUUAAGGCGUUCAACUAAACAGAUUCUAACGACGUUAAUAAGUCCGUCUAAAACGACCUCACUCCUUCCCACUCUCUCCCCAGAAACGAAGAUAAAAGGAAGCAAAAAAAAAAAAAAAGAACAAGCAGCCUCUUAGUCUCCUCUCCCAUCCCUUUUUUUUUUUCCUCAUACUCUGAAAACACUUGGGGUUUCUAUCUUCAAUAAUACGUCGUUUUUCGGGGCUCCAACCCGUACGGUUCGAUUAUGUCAGAUAAUUUGAAUGAUGAUUGUUUGAAACUUGUUGGAGGAUUAGUUUGUUAGUGUGGUGGAUCAUGGGGGCUGCUUGUUGUGUUGCUGCUAGAGAUAAAACUAUAGUAAAUGGAUCGGGUAGUGAAGUUUUUCAUAGGAAUAUAACAUAUUCUCCGAUGUGGAGUUUUCAUUGGGAUAACCGAGGGCGUGUAGCGGGUGAAGACACUUCUAUGAGUUGGUUUUCUGAUGCAAUUAGUCGGAAUGACGGAUCAGAGAUCAAAUAUGAAUCUGCAUGUGCAUCGGAGGAUGGAAGUCUGUCUGAGAGUUUCCAGUCUCGUGUAUGGCAGAAGUCCCCAACUUCAGAAAGAACUGCUUUACAAGUUAGAACUCCUGCUUCAGAUCAAUCUAUUUCAAGAAAUAUCUCAAUUGAUGUGAACUUAGAGCAGGUAAAGCUUUUUAUGGUGAAGGAGUCCACAGAAUCCCCUGCAGCCUCAUAUCCAUCUCCCUCUAAGUCAUCAUUUUCUUUGCCGUUAGCUUCCUCCUUAGCAACAUCCCCUUUGUCAUCUCAGAGUCACGUGAAUCCUCCUAGUUCAGCAACAAAGUUCCCUCUCAGAUCUCCUGGACAUCGUCUAUUGCGUCAAGUAUCUGAUAAUCGAAUUCUGGGAUUGAAGUCAGCUAAUAGAUACUCGGUUUGUGAGGAAAGGCUAGUGAUGCCUUCUUGGAGCAAUGAAUCAACUGGGGGCUCUCGGGAUGGUUCUUCUGAUGGUUGGUUUAUGCAUGCCUUUUCUGAACUCAUGGCUACAUCCUGUAAGGAAAGGUGGUCUGUUGAUAACGACACAUGGGGUUUUCAUCAUGAUAAGAUAAGCAAAUCCAGUGGCCAAAUCUCAGCAUCCCCCUCUGUUGAUCUGCAAACAUGUGGUGUUUGCUCAAAGCUAUUAUUGGAAAAAUCUUUGUGGAGCAGCCAGAAGAUUAUUAUUAGCAAUGAGCUUUCUGUUGUUGCUGUUCUAACUUGUGGGCAUGUUUACCAUGCUGAAUGUUUGGAAAAUAUGACCCCUGAAAUUGACAAGUAUGACCCUGCUUGCCCGGUUUGUACUUUGGGGGAGAAGAAGACACAUAAAUUAUCUGAGAAAGCAUUUAAAGCAGAAAUGGAUUUUAAGGCUAAAAUCAACAAAAGAUCUAGGAGCCGGGUUGUCAAUGGUGAUAUGGAUGGUGAUCCUGUCGUAUUUAAUCGUCUGAAAAGUAGUGGACAUGAAGGUAAGGCCUCCAGUUCAAGCAUGAAAAGCUCCUUGGGCAUGCCUUUCCUGCGGAAGCACUUUUCUUUUGGAUCAAAGGGAAGUAGGUCCCCUCCAGAGAAUCACUCUACCAGGAAAAAGGGUUUUUUCUGGGCCAAAUCUAGCAAGUUGUAAACUUCGUGUCUGCCGUUAGGAGAUUCUGGUUUUGUUCUCCUCCGCAGUCCCACUGGAUUUAGCGAUUGCACAUAGCAUGCAGGAUGUCAUUCUUGAAGAAUUCUUGACAUCAUUCUGAAGUUUCAACACGAUUCUCUCGUGGGAAUCACUCUGUAAAGAAGAAAAUGGAAAUUAUAGGUGAACGAAUAGCUCAACAUGAAGAAAAGUUUAAACAAUGGAAAAAAAUAGUAUAACAUUAAUGAUCUUAUUCUUAUUUUGUACAGAUUGAUCUAUUUCUUGUUUGGAUUCAAACACAAAUUGAUUCAUAUGAAAUUCUGUAUGACUAAUGGAUUCUGGAUCUUCCCAGAAAGCAAUUAUUUCUGUUUAGGUCUUUGAGUUUGUAGCUUUCCACGUUUUCUAAUUGCCAUUUACAUAUGUAUCCAUUUCAUUGAACGUGCUCGAAGGCAAAGAUGUGUAGAUUUGUUUUGCUGAACAAAUAGGUGAUGAAAAUAUUUGCUCCCUUGAGCUACAGUGCGCUCCUCACUUCUCUAGCGUGGCAACAUCCUGAAUGUAUCAUUUGCAAGCUUCUCGCCACCUGUACAUGCAAAAACGUACUCUUCUCCACCAUCUUUGGAUUUUCCUUUAUGUAGGUCCCAAGAUUAGCCUCGACACAAUAAAACAUAUCUCCCUGUUUUUGCGUCACUAAUUACGAAAUGGCUGAUUUAAGAGAUCAGCAUGGCAACCCUAUGCAUGAGCAUGGCAACUCAGUUGUGUUGACUGACGAAUACGGUAAUCCCGUGCAUGUCACUGGUGUAGCCGCCAGACAUCCAGCUAUGCAUGGUGGUCAGAUGGGAUACGAGACUGGUUCUGCUGCUGAGUAUUUGCAGUAACAGCAGCAGCAGCAGCAACAACAUCAUCAACAACAGCAGCAUCCAGAGCGGCUGCAUUACGGCGUUUCCAGUAGGGAAGAGACUCAGCGAUCCAACAGCUCCAGCUCCAGCUCUAGCUCGUCCGAGGAUGAUGGGAUGGGUGGUUGAAGGAAGAAGAAAGGGCUGAAGCAGAAAAUAAAGGAGAAACUAACAGGUUGGAAGCCCAAGGAGAAGGAGCAAUCACUGACCAAAACUUACGCUGCCAAAACAAACAUCAAAACCAGCUAGACCGCAACGCCUGGGCAGGCACCACCUUGAUGAUCAGCACGAGAAGAAGGGUACGGAGAAGAUGAAGAAAAAAUUACCUGGUCAUCAUAGCCAUUGAAAAAGCUGUGUGGAUGAGAUAUUGUACCUAUGUAGUUUUGUAAUAAAUGUCACCCGAAUUAUGUGUUCUUGUGAA